GUGACCGCGACUGGACCGAGACCUGCAGUGCUGGCGGCUAGAAGCACUGGGCUUUUGCGCGCGUGGCUGCGCCCAGGGGCCCCGGUUCCCGCCAGUAGCUCAGCGCAGCGUCCAGAAGGUUAAGCUGAAACCACUACUCAGCUCUCAGGAUGGCACCACCCACAUUGCAUGUGCUUUUCUGCUUCUGCUGCUGCCUCGCCUUGGUUCAUCCUUUUGACUGGCAAGAUCUAAAUCCUGUUGCCCAUUUAAAAUCAACAGCAUGGUUCUGUAAAAUACAAGUGCUGAUGUCUGCUGCAAGCUUUGGCCAUACUACAAUCCCCAAAGGAAGUGGAUCUCACUCUGUUGGUUGUACAGACUUGAUGUUUGAUUAUGCUAAUAAGAGUACCUUCUUUCGUUUGUAUUAUCCAUCCCAAGAUCAUGAUCACUUUGACACCCUCUGGAUCCCAAACGAAGAAUACUUUUUCGGUCUUAGUAAAUUUCUUGGAACACCUAGGUUUGUGGCCAAAAUUCUGAACUUCUUUUAUGGUUCAUCAACAGUUCCUGCAAACUGGAAUUCUCCACUGAGGACUGGUGAAAAAUACCCACUAAUUGUUUUUUCACAUGGUCUUGGAGCAUUCAGGACUAUUUAUUCUGCUAUUGGCAUUGACCUGGCCUCUCAUGGGUUUAUAGUUGCUGCUGUAGAACACAGAGAUGGAUCUGCAUCUGCAACUUACUAUUUUGAGGACCAGCCUGCUGCAGAAAUGAGGAACAGGUCUUGGCAUUACCUUGUAAUCCCAACACAACAGGAAGCGAAGGGUGUACGAAAAGAGCAGGUACAGAAAAGAGCAAAGGAAUGUUCCCAAGCUCUCAGUUUGAUACUUGACAUUGAUCAAGGAGUGCCAGUGAAGAACGUAUUAGGUUUAGAUUUUGAUUUGGAACAAUUCAAGGGCUCUAUUGAUAGGAGUCGAAUAGCAAUAAUCGGACAUUCUUUUGGUGGAGCAACAGUUAUUCAUACCCUUAGUGAAGACCGGAGAUUCAGGUGUGGCAUUGCACUUGAUGCGUGGAUGUUACCAGUGGGUGAGGAGAUGCAUUCCAAAGUCCCUCAGCCCCUCUUUUUUAUCAACUCUGCAUCAUUCCAGUCUUUAAGUGAUACCAUGAAAAUGAAAAAAUUCUACCUACCUGACAAAGAAAGAAAAAUGAUUACUAUCAAGGGUUCAGUCCAUCAGAAUUUUGCUGACUUCACUUUUUCAACUGGUAAAAUAAUUGGACAGAAGCUUACAUUAAAAGGAGAUAUAGAUUCAAAUGUAGCCAUUGCCCUCAGCGACAAAGCUUCAUUAGCAUUCUUACAAAAGUAUUUGGGACUUCAUAAAAAUUUUGAUCGGUGGGACUCUCUGAUGGAAGGAAAUGAUGAGAACCUUAAGCCGGGGUCUCCCUUUGACACAACCACCCAACCCCCCACCCUACAGAACUCUACAGGGAUACAGAAACAGAAUUUAGAUUAAAGAACCUCGUUUAAAAAUUGUCCAAAAGACGAGGUGAAGGAGAGGGGGAGAGAGAGAGAUGUGUGUCCUAUCUCAAUGCAUUUUUUAAAAUAACUCCUAUUUUAAAAUGUGGGCUAUAAUCAGAAUGCUGAUAGGUUUGGGCUAAGCAUUUUCCCCUUUAAAUGUAAAGAAAUAAAAGUGCACACAAAAAUCAUUACCAACCUAAAUUAUAAUUUUACUAAUAUUAUCCUUUUUAGUGUCAAAAUUAAAACCUGCUUUUAAAUUACUUUAAUGCCAAACACUGUUUUUAAAAAAGGGAGGGAGGAAGAAGGAGGUGUUUAAGGGUAUGUAACAGAGGGAGUGAACUUGCUGAAAAUACACUGAACGUAUCUAUGGAAUUCUCACAUGAAAACUGCCUUGUACUAUUAAGGAGUAAAAAAAAAAAGGCUCAGCAUAACACCAA